GUGAGUUUUUGCUAAAGUACUACACAUAUUUAUUUUGUUGAUGAUUAAUAUUUACAUAAAUUAUUUUAUUUGCAAUCAAGUGAUAAAAACAGUUAUAUGCUAGUAACAUCUGUGAAAAAUAAUUAGCCUCAUUUAUUCUUGUGCACUAAUCUAUGCAAAUACGAGUAUCACCAAGAAAUAAAACAAAUUUUAAGGCAAGUUUAAUAAAGUUUACAGUGGUAUUCUAAAAUCGAUUUGAGACAAUAAAAUAGUGAUGGACAGUCAGGCACCAGCCGAUGGACAUUUAUUAGAUAUUGUUGACAAUAAGUGGCGCGAAGAAGAAUUGCCAUUCGAUCAGAUACUUGUACCGGCUGAUAAACUACCUGAUCCCGAAGCAGAUGGUGGCGAUUCGCAUUUAACCAUAAGUGAACAGGAACAAAAAUGGACUGAUUUAGCAUUGGGUUCAUUAGCACCUGAAUCAUCACUGAAUGAUCAACUAAAUUCAACAACUUUUUAAAUAUUCCCAAAAACCAAAUAAGAAACAAAGCAAAACUAUUAUUUGCAUUGUAGUUAGUUAAAACUUAUAAAUUUUAACAUACAAAAUAAAAUAAGAUACAAAACAGAAUCAAACACUGACAAUAUGAGUUCAAAUCAAAAUCUU